AUGGAUCGUCCGCAAGAGCCGCCUACCGCCGGCGGUGCACCUCCUUCGGCCGCGGUGGUUGAUGUCCCCGUCGGAGGUCCGCCGAACAUCGGCGUCGUGCCGGCCAUGAUCUCCGCCACCAUCCCGUCGAAGAUGAAGAGGAUUCCAAAGCAAUUCUUCGAAGCACCUGCGGCGGCUGCAGCUUCGCCGGCCGAAGCCCCGCCGGCUGCCAAGAAGGGGGGCAGGAUGAAGACCAAGGCGGCCGGGCCGAGGGGCCCCGCGCCGGCCAAGGUGCGGACAAGGGCAAUCAGCCGCAUCGGCCUCGCGCCUCCACCGCCCUCCAAGGCCACGACCUCUCCUCCCUCCUGGAAGUUGAGGGACAACGAGCCAAAGUGCAAGAAGGAGGCACUGCUCACCAUGGAUGAUGAAGCGGAGGACAUGAGUGGGAGAAACGCCGGCAAGCCCGAGGGAAACAAGAAAGCCAAGGAGAGGGUCAAGGUAGAAGGCGAAGUAGCUAGCUUCCGGGAGAAGUUGGAUCAACUCAUGAAGUCCAAGUGCUCAAGGUGA